ACUCACUCUCAUUCUUUUCUUCCUUUUUGUUCCUUUAUCCCCUCUAAAGGUUUAUUUGACAUUCAUACAAGUUAGACUACAAAACUUUUCCUCUGGCUACCAAAAGGAAAAGACUAACCACCAAGAAUUUCAGAUAUUGCAUCAAGUUUUGUUAGCCUUGAAGGAACCCUCACACUGUUAUGGAAACUCACCAGCACCAAAAGAAGACAGAAAACGAUGUGGCAAAUCUCAUAGUAGAAGUAGCACCACAGUUGAGGCAAGAAGGAAACAGAGAACAAGAGCAAGCACCCUCACCACAAUCUUCAACACCCUCUUCCCCUUCUCAAGAGUUCUCCUUCAAAAUCUCCCUCCACCACCCCACAUUCUCUCACAACUCACCACCAUCUCUUGCACUUGAUUUGUCACCUGCUGAUGACAUAUUCUUCCAUGGUCACUUGCUCCCUCUCCAACUCCUAUCACACCUCCCUGAAUCACCACGCUCUUCAACCAAUUCCAUGGACAGUUUCACUCUCCCCAUCAGAGACUUUCUAGAAGAUGAAAACCAAAACCACCCCAUUAAGGACAGUGGCAGCACCACCACCUCAGACAGCAACAACAGCAGCAAAAGAGACCAAGACAACAUAGGAAGAAAAAGGGUACAAGGUAAGUCCAAGUUUGGUUUUUCAUUGUUUGGAUUGACCAAGGGGCACAAAGGGUGCCAAGAUAAGGAAGGUAAUGAAGUGAAGCACAAGAAGAAGCCAAGGUUUGAUUUUGAUGUGAUCCAUGCAAUCAAAAAGUACUUGAGACUGGUCCAGCCUAGGAUGCUUUUCAAGGGACAAAGAGAGAAAAUUAGACCCCAUAAUGGACAGUGUUAUUCUUAUUCAGGGAAUGUUACUCCAACAAAUUUGAGGGGUUGGAGAGGGCAAUAUUCAGCACCAGCAUCAAUGAGGACUUCUCCAACAAACAGUGGUCUCUUGAUUGCAACCACACCUCUUCCUCCUGCUAGUGACAGUACCAUGGAAGAGUUGCAAGCUGCCAUUCAAGCUGCAAUUGCUCACUGCAAAAACUCAAUUGCAAAAGAAGAGAAGCUCAAGUGCUGAUUCAAAGAUAGGAGAGAUUUUUUCUUUAUCUUUUUUGUCCCUAGUGUUUUAUUUACUAUCAUUCAUUUUCUAUGUGCUAUUUAAGGUAUCUUGUACAUAAAAAAUGUACCAUCAUAAUGUGGUUAAAAAAUCACAGCUAGAAAUAAUAUCUCAGAAGAUUAAGAA